UACCAGUCGUAAUCUUCCUAAAACGCCGGCAUUUUGACCACCCUUCUCCGCGACAGUUUGUUACCAAAUUCUACUUUCUCCCUCUUAGAAAAAUUAUAUGUAUUUAUUUAUAUAAUUGUAGAAAAAAGAAUUAAUUAUUAAUUUUGUUUGUUGCUUCUAUUGCUGCUCUGUGUAUCGGCGAACCGUUGUUUUCUCUCUCUGCACACUCUUUUGAGUUCACAGGGAUUUCAAUAAGAAGAAAAUAGGGAAUAAGAGGAAUCUAGAGUGGGGGAUAUGUCCUUCAAUCAAUCGAGGUCGGAUAAAAGUGAGCAACAAUACCGAAAAUCAGGACGAUCUGUCGGCUCUAAUCAGCAGCGGAACUCCUCGGGCGGUUACGUCAAGGGAGGCGGCGGCGGCGGGCCUGCUCCUUCACCUUCUCUUUCUUCAUCUUCCGCUUCUAGUCGAAGUUUUAAGAAGUCUAACAAUGCUCAAGGAGGGAAAUCUAGGGUGAAUUCUCCGGCUGUAAAUUCUACCGAGUCUAGUAAUGCUUCUGCCGCCAGUAACGUACAAAAUGACGCACAUGUACAGCCCCAGUUGCAAGGGUCAUCUAACACACUGGUUACAAGCAGUGCUGCCAAGCCCGUUGAAUCACAUGCUAAUCAGAGGACCAUCCGAGCUGUUCCAAAGGUUCCUGCUUCUCAAUCGGCCACACUAAGUUCUGACAGUAGUAUCCCUGCAACUCCCACAAAGGGAAAUGCAUCCCAAGCAUUAUCUUUACAGUUUGGGUCCAUAACUCCUGGUUUCAUGAAUGGAAUGCAGAUUCCAGCUCGAACUAGUUCAGCACCCCCCAAUUUGGAUGAGCAGAAGCAAGUUCAGGCAUGCCACGAUCCUGCUUUUAGGCCUGUGUCAAAUUUGCAUACUCCUGUUCCUAAGCAGCAGCUACCAAAAAAGGAUUCGGUUGCAACUGACCAAUCAAAUAUUGGGGAGGCUCACCCAGUGCUCAAGGUAAAAAAAGAUGUACAAGCCUCUUCUGGAGCCCCUAUGAACCAGACACAGAAGCCAGCUCUUCUUAAUAUGCCUAUGGCUUCAAUAAUGCCAUUUCAUCACCAGCCCCAGGUUUCCAUGCAAUUUGGUGGGCCUAAUCCACAUAUUCGAUCUCAGACUACUUCAGUUCAGAUGCCCAUGCGUAUUCCAUUACCGAUGGGAAAUGGCCCUCAGGUGGUGCAGCAGCCAGUUUUUGUUCCAGGUCUUCAGCCUCAUCCAUUGCCGCCUCAGGGAAUGAUUCAUCAGGGUCAAGGUACGACUUUCACACAACCUUUGGGUGGCCAGCAUGCACCUCAAUUGGGAAACUUGGGAAUGAGUUAUGCCCCUCAGUAUUCUCAACAGCAAGUAGGGCAGUUUGGUGUUUCUCGUAAAACUACUCUUGUCAAGAUUACACACCCCGAGACACGUGAAGAAGUAAGGCUUAAUAAACGAGUAGAUACAUAUUCAGAUGGUGGGUCAUCAGGUCCAAGGUCUUAUCCUAAUGUACCUCCUCAAUCCCAGCCAGUUCCAUCCUUUGCACCUUCUCAUUCAGUUGACUUUUAUUCCAAUUCUUACAAUACCAAUUCCAUGUUUUAUCCACCACCAACUACUUUAUCAUUGUCUAGUAGCCAGGUAGCAGUAGCACCCAAUGGCCAAGGGCCAAGAUUUGCUUUUCCUGUUGGCCAGAGUCAUCAAAACAUUUCUUAUAUGAACUCAGCAGCAGCCCAUGGUUCACUUUCUGUUAAGAAAUCUGUAAAUCUUAGAAUUGGUACUUCAGAAUCACCAAGUUUGGAAUUGGCACCUGACGGUCACAAUGUAGCAUCUUCUGCUCCCUCAGGCGUAACACAGGUUACAGUCAAGCCAGUAACUAUUUCCUUUGGAGAAAAGUUGGCUGAUUCAUCUUUAUCAACUAGCUUGCCUCCUGUUGAAAAGGUUAGACCAGUAAAACCAUCGAUGACAUCGAAUGAGGGUAGCUCAUCUCAGGCUCGACGAGACUUGGGAACUUCUGAAGAGAUCUCUAUACAGCUGCUAAAACCUGAAAAGGAAUCAUUAACAUCUGACGGAUUACCAGCUACUGCAGAAGAAGUUGGAGCAGCUAACUUGGAUAAAUCAGUAUCUUCUGCUCCAGCUGCUACGUCUGAGGACUCUGUCCUGACUGUUGCCUCUAACGAAAGCAGGAGAGACGGGUUGACCUACUCUAACUCUAUUAAAGAUAAUCCGAAGAAACCGGCUAAGAAAGGUCAUAUUCAGCCACCAAAUCAGUAUAUGUCAAUAUCCAACUUGGCUUCCCAGACUGCAGAACAGAGGACAGACAGCAAGAGAGAAGGCUUAACUUCUGUUUCAUCUGCAGUUUCUGGUACAGGCAUUAAUGUUGAAUGCUUGGACACAGUUCAGCAUGCUAAGAUGGAUAGUUCUUCAAUGCUGAAUGAGCAACUGAAACCUGAAACUGAUGGAAUUAAGGAUCCCUUGAAAUCUGUGGAGCCCAAAUCUGAUCAGGAAUCUGCUUUGAAGGAAACAACUCCUAGCAAUGAUGUUCCUACCUCAGUAAGCGCUCGUUCUGUGCUUGAUGAAGUUGUGGGGGCGAGCAUUGAAAAUAAGGGAGUCGCUGAUUCGGAUGUCUUUAUCUCUAAAAUGUACGACUCUACAGUUCUUGAAAGUUCACAUGUUGAUAUCACCUUUGGUUCCAAUGCAUCUUCAAGUGCCAUUGAUAGCAAUGAAACCACUGUUACUAAAUCUGGUGCAUCUUACCGGCAUUCUGCUCUGGCCCCAACUCCUGAUCUCUCUGUCCCAGAAUCAAAAUAUGAAGGAGAAGGUGUUCCUGUACAUAGUUCAAAAGACAAACCUGUACCAGAACUCAAUAGGACAAAGAGUACAACUAGUGGGAGGAAGAAAAGAAAAGAAAUUCUUCUGAGGGCAGAUGCUGCUGGGACAACUUCAGAUCUUUAUAUGGCAUUUAAAGGUCCUGAGGAAAACAAAGAGACAAUAACUUCAGCAAGUGCAGACAGCAAUUGUAAUGGUGUUAAUUUGAAGUUGGUCUCUCAUGAGUCACCUCAGGUGGAUUCUACAAAAAGUGAUAAAAUUGCGAAAGAUAAAGCUGAACUGGAUGAUUGGGAAGAUGCCGCUGAUAUAUGUGCACCAAAAUUAGAAACUUCAGAGAAUUUCAUAAAGGUUAAUGAAGGGUUAAUAAAUCACGAGGAAGAUGGAAGUCGUAAUAUGUCAAAUAAGUAUUCCAGAGAUUUUCUUCUUAAGUUUGCUGAGCAGUGUACUGAUCUACCACAAGGUUUUGAGAUUGCUUCUGAUAUUGCUGAGGCCUUGAUGGUUGCUGAUGUUAAUACUUCUCACCUUGUUGAUCGUGAUACAUAUCCUAGUCCUGGAAGAAGAAUAGGUAGGCAAUCUAGUGGAUCUCGAUUAGAUCGCCGAGGUAAUGGAGUGGUUGAUGAUGACAGAUGGAUGAAACAUCCUGUUUCUUUUGGGCCUGGAAGCGAUGCACGUCUUGAUCUUGCUUAUGGUGCUACUGCUGGUGGUUUUCAGCCUGUCCAGGGAGGUAACUUUGGUGUUAUAAGGCACCAUCGAGUUCCAACACCUCUUCCAUUCGUUGGAGGGAUCUUUCCUGGACAAAUGCACCCUAUGGGUACGCAAGGAUUGAUACCACGAAGUCCUGUUACUGACAGGUGGCAACGUGUUCCUAACUAUCAGCAGGAGGGGUUGAUUUCUUCGCCGCAAACACCAUUGCAGAUGAUGCACAAAGCUGAAAGGAAGUAUGAAGUGGGUAAAGUGACUGAUGAGGAAGCCUCAAAGCAAAGACAACUGAAAGCCAUUUUGAACAAACUAACUCCCCAAAACUUCGAGAAACUCUUUGAGCAAGUUAAAGAGGUGAACAUCGACAAUGUAGUUACACUCACUGGUGUCAUCUCACAAAUCUUUGACAAAGCUUUGAUGGAGCCUACUUUCUGUGAAAUGUAUGCGAACUUCUGCUUUCAUCUAUCAAGAGAGUUGCCUGAUUUUAGUGAAGAUAAUGAAAAGAUAAAUUUUAAGACAUUGCUGCUGAACAAGUGCCAGGAGGAAUUUGAAAGAGGGGAGAGAGAACAAGAAGAAGCAAAUAAAGUGGAGGAAGAGGGAGAGGCUAAGCAGUCUGAGGAGGAAAGAGAGGAGAAGAGAAUCAAAGCACGGAGACGAAUGUUGGGUAACAUAAGACUUAUUGGGGAGUUGUACAAGAAGAAAAUGUUAACUGAGAGAAUUAUGCAUGAAUGCAUCAAGAAAUUACUUGGUGAGUAUGAGAAUCCUGAUGAAGAAGAUGUUGAGGCUUUAUGCAAAUUAAUGAGUACGAUUGGAGAAAUGAUUGACCAUCCCAAAGCAAAGGCGUAUAUGGAUGCUUAUUUUGAGAUGAUGGCGAAGCUGGCUAACAAUAUGAAAUUAUCUUCUAGGGUUAGAUUCAUGUUGAAAGAUGCCAUUGAUCUGAGAAAGAAUAAGUGGCAGCAGAGGAGGAAAGUUGACGGACCUAAAAAGAUUGAGGAAGUGCACAGAGAUGCUGCUCAAGAGCGACAAACACAAACCAGUAGACUUGCCCGUGGUCCUGGCAUCAAUCCUGGUGCAAGAAGAGCACCCUUGGAUUUUGGUCCACGAUCGUCUAAGUUAUCUUCUCCUGGGGCCCAGAUGGGUUGUUCUCGUGGGUCUCCCACCCAACACCGUGGUCCUGGGGCUCAGGAUGUUUACAUGGAUGAUAGACAGUCUUUUGAGGCCAGGAAUUUACCAGUUCCCUUGCCUAAAAGACCAGUCGGUGAUGAUUAUAUUACCUUGGGGCCCCAAGGUGGCCUAGCUAGAGGGAUGGCUUUUAGAGGACCACCAGCAACAUCAACAUCAAGUACUGCUGUAGCUGAUUUUUCUCCAAUUUCAGGAGACGCAAGAACUGCUGCUGGCUUGAAUGGUUUUAGUUCUCCUGCAGCUUCUCCUGCACAAGGCCAAAAAUCAGGUUUCACUCAAAAUAUUCCUUCAGAAAAGAGCUGGCCUGAGGAGUGCCUGAUGGAAAUGUCUAUGGCUGCUAUUAAAGAAUUUUACAGUGCUAGAGAUGAGAAAGAAGUUGCUUUUUGCAUCAAAGAUUUGCACUCUGAGAGCUUCCAUCCGACAAUGAUCGCCCUUUGGGUAACAGACUCGUUUGAGAGAAAAGACAUGGAACGAGAUUUUUUGGCAAUGCUACUUGUCAAUCUGGCAAGGUCCCAUGAUGGUGUGUUGAGCCAAGUUCAACUUGUUAAAGGGUUUGAGUCUGUUCUCAGCACAUUGGAGGAUGCAGUGAACGAUGCUCCGAAAGCUGCGGAAUUUCUCGGUCGAAUCUUUGCCAAAAUCAUAGGUGAAAAUGUGGUUACCCUGACUGAGAUUGGGGGUUUAAUACGUGACGGUGGAGAGGAGCCAGGCCGACUACUAGAAACAGGGCUAGCUGCCGAUGUUCUUGGAAGCACCUUGGGUGCAAUCAAGACAGAAAUAGGAGACUCUUCCUUAAAUGAACUCCUAGCAACUUCGAGUUUGCGAUUGGAAGACUUCCAUCCUAACAAAUCGAGUUUUUUAGAAAAGUUUGUUGUUUAUUAGUAAAUAUAGGAAACCAAGUGUUGCCUUCUCUUUUAUUGAUGGAAUACCCAAAGACACUCAAGAGAAAUAAAAGAAAGGACACUUUAUCUUUAA